AUGGCAGCGGCUGAGGAAGGCAUUGGCGACGAAGUGCGACUCGGAGUGAAUAUGGAUCCAAACGGGCUGGCAAAAUUAGCUCCCCCCCGUUUGUGUCAGAAGAUGAACAACCAAGCCACUCCACCUGACGACGACUUGGAGUCUGUUGCGCAGAUAAUGGCGCUAAUCGCUGCCUAUCAUGGUAGCCCCUACUAUUGGAAAGAAGCCUGCCAUAUAUCCGCGCUGACCGGGCCUGCAUGGGUCGCAGAACUGGACGAAGGCACCCACACCGAAUCAUUAGAAGCAAUCGUGUAA